AUGAUUGUACUCAUAAACGGCAUUGCCUUUGCCAAAAUCAGACAAAACAGAAAAUCGAGUCCGUUAUUGAGUAUUUCAAUGUUAUUGAAUCGUUCGUUUGGUAUCAUGUUCUAUCUUCGGUCCUUUGUUACUAAGAGAAAUGAUCCAUACCCUAGAGAAAUUGAUUUUGAAAUUCUAACAUUAGCCUUCAUAAUAUUGGUCGAACAGUACCCUUACAAUGUUGAUUCUGAGUAUGUGAAAUUAAUAAUAGGGUAUACUAUGCUUUUACCAUCAUCCUAUGAAAUUUCCUUUACUUUUGGUAAUACUAUUCCAUUGUAUGAUCCUUUAGGUAAUAUAAUUAACAAAAAGAUGAUAUAUGAUAUGAUUGAGCAACUUGUUAGGUUAAAUGGUGAGAAAUACAAUGAUGCUAAGGUUAAAGGUGUCUUUAUUCGUGUCCAUUAUGAAUCUAAGGAUUCCCUUAAACCAUUAGACUUUCCAAAUAUAUCAUAUGCACAUCUAAUGGGUAUAAUUAGCAGUGUUAUUAUGAAUUCUGAUAUAGUAAGUGGUAAUAUACCCGAAAUGAAAUCACUUUUGUAUAAAAAGAGUCGUAUUCCCUCUUACAUAAGCUCUAUCAAAGGUAAUAAGAAAGGAUGUUGUCCUUUCAUUGUAGCCGAUCGAGAGACUGUAGUCGAAAAUAAUGUAAAUAUUCCUUAUGCUGCGGGUUACUUAGUAGUGAAGUCGAUUCAAACCUUUUUCAGUGAAAAUCACAUAAAUUUCUAUCCUAUCUUUGGAAAAAGGAGUGAGAAAAUGUUCUUUGAAUUUUUCUCUAAGUUGGAACAAUGUGUUAAAAAUAGUAGUCUUCAUCUUAGAACUGUUUAUUUCCAUAAUUUAGGCAGGUUUGAUGGGAUUUUCAUUCUAAAGUAUUAUGUAAAUCGUGGUAAUAAAUAUAAAAUCAAACCGUUGUUGAGGAAUCAUAAGAUUUACAAGUUUAAAGUCUAUCUUGGAUCCAAAGGAUCUAUUCCACAUGAGAAAUUGUCUUCGUCUAAUCUACUGUUGAAUAGUGUGGAUUUGAUAAGCUAUCUUUGCCAAGAUAUCCUUAUCUUUGGUGGUGUGAUGUUGAAGGCUCAAGAGAUUAAUUGGUCUAAAUACCCUAUUGAUAUCGAGGAUGUGAUGAUAUUAUCAUUGCUUUCACAUAAAAUCUUUCGUAAGAAUUUCUGUGAUGAUAAUACCUUUCAUAUCAAUAUACCUAAUAGGAACCAAGAUACUUUUAUUAGGCGUAGCUAUUAUGGUGGUCAUAUUGAUGUCCAUAAGCUUUAUGGUAAAUUCAUUGGGGUCUUUUAUAGCGAAGAGUUGAAGUUUGCGGGUGAUUUAGGUUAUCGUGUAAUUCCUCUUAGGGGUUAUUUGUUUGAGAAGAAGUCAUGUCCUUUCGAAGGUUUCAUCUCAAACCUCUAUGAAAGAAGACUCGAAGCCAAUAAAGAUGGUGACGAAGCUAUGACAUUUAUUUAUAAGAUUCUAAUGAACUCCCUCUAUUGUAGAUUUGGUAUGAAUCCUGAAAGUACAGUGACAGAGAUCUGCAAUCAAAAGAAAUAUGAAGAAUUGAUGAACAUGGAUAAUUUUCAAUCUGCAGAUAAGAUUUCCGAUCAUUACUAUAUAGUAUAG